AUGCCUGGAAAAAUUCUAGAUAAUCAGCUACUCGUCAUCGCGCGGCGGUGUGAGCGUGAACACCGAACGCGGCGAGACAAGUCGCAGUCUCGCAAAGUUCAGCAUCAAGGCAGUCACAUGGUAAUUCUUCGCUUGCAACUUCGUCCUGGAUGGGUUCAAGAUUUAUCAACUGGUCGUACCAUUCGAUCCGUGGGUCAGAAGAUUUCCAAUCAUCCCAAAUAUUUCUUUAAAAAUGGUAGUUUUUCAAGACUAACUUUCUCUAGAUUCCUCUUUCCUUUCUUUCUUAAAGAUACAAAACAUUCUUCUCCUUCGUAUUUGAAGUUCUUCAGUCCUCUUACUAGAGAACACCCGGAAGCGAUGCAACAUGGCGGCCACCAGAGAAUAGGUCCUCCUCUCUGCUCUCUCGCAUUCAUCUCCUACGUCCUGUUGGCUUACUGUUAAGUUUAACAUACACACGACUACAUACUUUGGUGACCGAAUCCGAAAACUACUGCUCCGAAGAAUGUUUGAAAAAGGCAUAGUUAGAUAGAACGUAAGGACAUACUUGACUUUGGUGAUGUUAUGAAAGGUCCUUGAAAGGCAUGUGCUGAGAUUUACCGAAGGCUUUCGUUGAGAGGUCAAACAAAAUGAGCUUCUAGGUCAUACUUUAAUACUAACCGACAUCUAGAGUUCUGAUAUUGUCAAGAGAACUGGCUGCACAGCUACUAAUUGUAAUACAUUAUAUUCCAUCAGUACUUUCAAGGGCUUACACUAAACGAUAACCAUUGAUAACUAAAUAGUGACUAUUUGACAGUCAUUCGUUUUCUCUGCAUCUUGCUAAUAUAAAUAUUUGGAGCGAAGGUUCUCGACCAACUGAAGACUCACUAACACAAAUUUGCUUUAAUUUGCUUUUACCGGUGCUUCAGUUAGUUCAGUUGACAAUGUUAAUAGCUCUCGAACCCUUUCGGAGUUGACCUCAUAUGCCAUUUGCGUUCACGUUAGAUAAUGAUAUUCUGCCAAGAUAUGGCUCGUCUUGCCGGAAUAGCGACCUGUCUGCCUUACAAAUGGCAGUGCAUCAUUCAGUAUACAUAGUAGUUAGUACUACACUAUUGUUUGCUUCUUAGUCACAAGUGCUGUGGUGUGUGUUUCUCUAUUCGUUUGUCAUUCAUCCUCACAGAUUUAUGGUCCGUUUUGCUUAGACCUAUUCUGCGUCGGCAAACCUGAACCAUAAUAAUUCAACAUUAAGAAACUAAUUUAACUGAAAGGUUACUUUAUAUUUGUGCAACAUCCUUUUGAGUAAUUGUUUUUGGAUACAAGCAUGUUGAGAAGGGAUUUGAGAAGAAUUACACUAGUAUGCGUAUACGAUCACCGGCAACGCCAUUCUCCAAAUGAUGAUUCGCCAAGAAGCAACGUACCAAAAUCAUGCUUUUCAGUAGUCUUAGAAGAGCUUAACCCCGCUUCCAGUAUACAUAACUGAGUUACUUACCAGUUUCUCACCUACAUUGUUGUCUCUUCUAUCUAAACUGGUAUCAACCUAAAGCUCUAUUGUUUGAUCUCCAACAGACUAUACCUUUAGACUUUUGUACGUUGUACAUAGUUCAUAUGUAGACCUCCAAAGAUUUGAAUCUGGUAAUGUGAUCAGGGUACAUCACACUCGCAUUUUUUGUGGUAUAAGUUAUACGUUAUAUACGAAAACUCUAUUUACAUUGAUAAAACACUAUACCUCUGUUCACUACAAAGUUAGAUUUGUAGCAAAAAAUAUGGACCCUGAGCAUUUUUUACUAAGGUUUGUUGACGAGUUACAAAAACUUUUAUUUUUGAGAAAAAGGCCUGAUUGAAACGAGAUUCUGGAUUAAACUGAACAAAAACUGAUUCCGUAUUGUCUGUUCAUCAGUAUCGAUACAAAAUGUAUUAAGCUAGUCCAAUCACGUUACCAGGUGCAACCAUUUUUGUGGGAUGGUCGAAUGUAAUUUGGUUUGUAAAUUCAGGGUACUCCAGAAAAUUCAAUUUAAUGCGACUUAAUUUUGCCAAAGUUGUUAUACUCUCAAUGGUCAUAUUUUCAGUUUUUCUACACACUUUUUACAUUAAGUCUUGUUUAAUUAAGGUGAAGCUACGGUAGGUUUGCAGUUUUAUGUUAGUGUAUGUUAUCUUAUCCUGGAGUCUCCUGAACGCUUCAGAUAUUUGUUAUAUUUAUUAAAGCUGUAUUGGAAGUGUAUUGAAUGUGAUUGGUGGACAUUUCAUUGCAUCUUCGGAGAUAAAGACGUUUACUUUCUUCGGUGCUGAUUAUUCACACAUCCUUGCCUAUCAUAUAGUAUCGAAAACAGGGUUUGCCUUAUGGUCUGGUUUGAUUUUCGAAAUAUUUUAAUUAAUUCACUUCGUUUGUCGACGAAACCAUUUUCCUUAUUUAAAAGGUCAUAGGCAGCAUACUCUCAAUUAAAUAUAGAAACGGACAAUAUUCCACCUGUCUAAUUUUUCAACUUACGUCUGUUGAUGCUUCAAAUACUUACUCAACAUUGUAACUGUCUCUCUAAAAAAAAAAGGUGUUUGACAUGACUUACGUGAAAGAUUAACUUGACAAAUAAGUGGACGUUGAGGCGAAAAAUAAAGGCGGUUAAUUUUGCCGCACGAACCCUUGCAUUUUAAGCUUAUGCUUGCUGUACAUUUAGGUAUAUUCUCAUUGCAUUAAUGAAAAGUUUGAGGUUAAUGUGCAACUUCAGUUGCUGAAAACGUGAAUCUCUGAAUUCAGGUCAAUCUACAAGUACAUUAAAAACAGUAUAAUAUAAUCAUAACUUUCAUAUAGCGGGACCGUAAUAUUUUAUACUCCUCCUUCUCCCAUCGUAAUUUGUUCCAUCUGUGAUAUUAGGGUGGAAUAAAGCAUCAUUUAUGCCCCUAAAUUUUUGUUCCGUGUCGAGAACUCCACAAAGCGGCUCACUUUUAGUUUUUGAGGCGGGUCUGGAAGAUUAUGUACUUUGUUCCAUACAUGAGCUAUAAAUAGAGAUUUCCGCAUUUGAACUUCAUUAUACAGUCAUACCGAUUCCCUUUUCGUCUAAGCUGCAUAUUAUCGUAAAACUAUGGGUAUAUUGUUUUACAAGCUUUGGUGUUUGAUUCAAUGUCUCUGAGCUCCUCACAUUUUCAUAGAAUCUGGGCCUUUAUCUGCAUUUUAACGUUUCAAGUCCCAUUUCCUGUAGCGGCUCAAAAUCUUUGAAAAGUUACCUUUUGCUGGUAAGGAUGUCCUUAAAAUUGUACUAAAAUACAAAUAAUCUCUUGAUAGUAUCUGUGAAUUUGAGAAGUGAGUCACUUUCGGGCGAGUACUUUUAUACACCUUAGUCGCAUAGUGCCGGAUGAUAUAAUGUGCGAGAUCAAUUAUGGCCGUCCCGAAAUAAGUAUGUGUAGAAGGUUUGUACUACUGAUAGUAAGCAUUACAAUAUAUUCGUAUCAAUAUUAUGUUUUCAACUUAUUUUUCCAAAUUUUUAAAAACCACGUGCCUGUUGUCAAACUCAUAAACUAAGAUUAUUGAACAUAUGUUACGUUCCUUGUCUAUGCUCGGGUACCGAAAAAGAAGAGAACAGGAAAAUUCGUCGAGUGCCACUGUUACCGGGGGCAUCUCUUUGAAUAUGGCGGGAUACUGUGCACAGUCUUUGUCAGUUCAAUAGUACGCCGCACUGGAAGAAGAGCGCUAUGUAUUGUGUUGCUCUUUCCUAUUUCAGUACUAUUUCAAAGGGAGGCAAGAUGCAAACGUUGGUUGGCUGUUGUUUUCCGUCUUCUAACAUAUCAAAUAUUGUAACCAAGAGGGUCAGCUACCUUCAGCUAUACUGUAACUAAGCAUUGCUUAGUUUUCAAUCCUUUCCAGGUAAUUUGAAAGACUGGGUUCAAUUGUCAAACUGACAUAUCGCAAAUAUUUCAUUGCUUAUUUUAAAAUGAAAGAUUAGGAUGUAACAUCUAGGAAAAUAUGAUUUUUUACCAAAGUUGCAUUUUUGGUGGUAAUAAAAUACUGUUUUAUACGCUGGUUUUUUGGUUUACUGCACAAAAGGAUGCUCUAAAUUAUAAGGAUAUAACAUACACUGUAUAGUACUAAAAAAUUGAUAUUCAACUGUGAAAAAUCGUUGGUUUUUCAAAGAAAAUCAAAACUAGCCAUGUAAGAAGCUAAAAUAACAGUUCAAAAUAAAUACCUAAAUCAUGGUAUUUACUUGGUAAACUGUGUACAGGUGUUGUAUUGUGUUUUCCAAUGUCUCCUUGAAAUUCCUUAACCAUUUUUUCGCUUAUUUUGAAUGAGAUCAAAGUUUUUGCGUUUAUAAAAAAUAUUUGAAAGAAAAAUUACUCUCAAUGGCCAUUUUAUAACGUUCAUUUCUUGACAGAUAAGAUACAUGAUGUCCAUUGUUGCCAAGUUGUGCUCCUUUUGAAAGAAAUCCGUAAUAAAGAAAUGAGGUUAUUUGCCAAAUGAAAGUCUUAAUUUAUUGAAAAUGGCUUAUUUUGUAAGAAGUUGUCCCAAUAUUUACUGAAAAUUAGAUGAAAUUUUGAACAUCAUGUGUCUAAACAGUGGAAAAUGCACCAGCGGCUAGCGUGACAUAAAAAAUACAAAAGGCACCAGCGGUCAUUGCAUAUAAAAAUACCCAACUUCAAUUCGUUGAUUUGGACCACGUCGCCAGGUCCACGCAAUAUAUCAUCGUCCAACAUUGUAGUUAAAUAAAGAUCAACGACCAUUUCAUCAAAUCAUCAAAAAACUUGCAAUAUGUUUUCAUCAUUUAGUGACUGGCAACAGCUACUUUUUCAGUAAUUUCUCAUAUAUGAGUAUAUCACAUUGAAUUACGUAUAUUUUAUAGCAUCAGCUUCACUUUAAAUAAUUCUUUAAGUACAUACAUACAAAAAGUAAAUAUAUUAUAACUAUAAUAUAGGAAAAAUAAUAUCCAAAUCGAAUUUUCAUGGCAAUCCUGUGCCGAUUGCACAUUUUUGAGCUAGUAUAUAAGUAAAAACUUGGCAAACCAAAGCAAGGUAUAUUAAAUACCUAUAAUUUGGCAACGUUGCAUCUAGAUUAUAAUAGUGAUGGUGGUGUAGUGAUGAGAAUAUUUAUCUGAAAUGACUACUUGACAAUGAUCUAUUUUCAUUAUUAAAACAAUGCAAAAUUGCUUUAUUGCGAUAAGCAGUGUCACAGUAAUAAACAGUGUAUGUUAUAUUCAUAUAAUUUUGAGCAAUCUUUUGUGUAACAAGACAAAAAUAGCUUAUAAAGCAGUAUUCUGUACCAAAGUAUAACCACCUAAAAUGCUACUUUGAAGUUCUAUAAAAUAGCAGGCAGAAGGUUCCAUAAAGAAAAAAUGAUAUUUUCGUAGAAAUUACAUCCUAAUGUUUCAUUUUAAGAUAAGAAAUGAAAUAUUUGCGAUAUGCGCUAAAGUAUUUAUAGUUAUUCACCUAGGAAAAAGAAAAGGUGUUUCUCCUAGGAAGACUGCGAUCAAUAAUGAUGGUUUCUCGAAUUGGAGGUGAAAAAUAUAUUCAAUCUUAGAAUCACCAGCAGUACCUACAGAAAUAAACAUUAUUUCUCAAGCUGAGUGGUGCGUACUCAAUCAAAUCAAAAGUCAGCCAGGCUCACCGUUAUGAAAAAUAGGAAAGCCUGCAAGGUAUGUGCAUUGGUCAUGGUAGAUAACGCAACCAAAUGAACAAGUUUGCAAUUUACAGAUCCGUGAGAUAGCAUUUAUCCAGAUCCUCACAAUUGAAGUCUAUUUCUGAGUCGUUAGAUCCUUAGCUAUUAUCAAAUUGUCUCAUGACUCACUUAUUAUAUAAUAUUGUACCUUUGAUCGGAUUAUGCUGCCCAGAAUAAAUCAUUUCCAGAAAUUAACUCGGUAAAAACAGUCGAGUUUGACAAAUGAAAAACAUCACGAGUCUUUAAUUGUGGAAGACGUUAGGAACCGCGCAACGAAAUUAAGACGCUCUCUGAAUUCUCCCGCAUAAUUAGAAACUUUUUCUUUGAGGAUAAUUUAAAAAGGAAACUCGCGGUAUCUGAAAGAUAAAAGAAUGAGAAAACUUUGUACAGCCCUUCAUCUAUUUAUUUGUGUUAUGCGUAUUAUGCUUUGACGUAAUCUGCGAAACCAGGAAGACAUUCUGUGAUUCAUGAGUUUAUUUUAUAAGAUGAAGUUUGCUCAAUUUUGAGAAACUGCCAGGGCUGGCUGGGAUAUAUUCAAUAUGGUGAACACAUCGCAUCCAGAUCUUUGUACUUCACAGUAACUUUACCAAAAUUUCAACUGAGAUUGUCGACAUGGCUGUUCCAGUGUUUCAUUAUUGCACAAUCCGUAAAAAACGACCUGAGUAUCGCAUUUGCAAUUAUUAGGUAGAUAUAAGCAACAACUGGCACAAGUACUAAAUUGAAGGAAUACGCAUUCAAUAUGAAUGAAGAACGAUAGAGUUGAGGUGGGAAGCAGCAGUUUGCCUAGCAGGCUCAGAAAGCAGAAGUACAAUAUCCUCAUCAGAAAAUAUGUAUUGUUGGAUCCUUUGAUGCAACGAUUAUAGCAACUAGAGGCCCGAUACGUGUUUUGCUAUGAAAGUUUGGUUCACUCCCUUGAAGAAGCUAACAUAGCGAAAUACGUGUCUGGUGUGGUAAGUGGUAAAAAUCUAUAGUAUAUCUUUCGUAUCCUUAUCAGCUACCAUAUUCGAAUCUAGGAUAAUGGAAGAAACAUUGGAACUCUACCAUAGAGGUUGUCUGAUUAUAUGUUAAAAUUAGAUGUACACUUAUGGUGUACGCCCGUUGAGGCGAAAGGAAGCGAAAGAAAAAAGCAGACACAGACAAAUGACAGCCCGUGCACUGGAUCAUCGCAGAACGGAACGUGUGCAAAUGACAAUUGUCUCCACGGUUCCCUUAGUGUCGCUUUUCCCCAGUGGGCCUUCAACUUUCGGGCAUGUUUCUAACGUGCCAAAUACUAAAGCCACAAAGCUGUCGCCUAAAUCUAUUGUGCUAACGUUGCAGCUAAGAUCGAUAUCCAUGUGAGAAGGAGGAAUGCAACAAAUGUUUUACUACAAGGAUGGGAAGCGUAAAUCAAGAAGAGAAGCACUAUGAUUUAGAUAUCAGUUUAAGGCUCCGAUCCUUUCAUUAUCCAAUUCAACUAUUCUUCUUCUAGAGACACUGAUAUAAAUAUUUCAUUUAGCAUUUUGAACUGAUAUGUUUUUAAUGUCAGGUUUACUUGAGAGUGCUAGUAGGCUUAAAUGUGUAAUAAUUACUUUUCGAAACAGAAAUUUUUGAAGUCCAGCUUAUGAGAUCAAAUGAGCAUAAAGAUACGAGAAAAAUAUGAGAAGCUACACAACACAAACGUAAGAUAUGUUAACAGCUAUCCAGUAUGUGCAGAAUAAAACCUUUCUGCGUUUUCUAGCUCCGUAUUGAAAAAUUCAAGUAUUAUCAUGAUAAUUUCGAAAUGAGAAUCAGACUAUUUUGGCAGCCUGAGAUCGAUACCGUGCGUGUCUGUAAAAAUGAACUUCAAAUAGUAGGGUGUUCUGCUGCAACUCUUCAUUCCUUCAAACACACUGUUCUCACGAAACGUGGCAUUGUAAUAUACAAAAAAGUUGGCUGUUUUACUGAUUAUAAAGCGGGAAGUUAAGGGUAAUCGUUAUGUUGACAUCAUAUUCACCUCCUUGAUGAGGCAGCUACUGAUAGCUUUAAUGUUAUUCAAUGUUAGCUUGGAGUCUAUGGUGACUGUUCCAUCACCCAUUUUGGUCUGUAGUAGGGGAUAAUCGUAUUGAUUUAUGUUUGAAGAAAGGUUUCCUGUAAUAUUUGUUUAAUAUAAGAUGUACUUUACCCGUUCUUUUAAUAAAAUAUUAUAAAG